AUGUCGCCACUGACCCCGAGCCAUGGGAAUGGCACCGAAUGCCAUUAUUGGGGCUACUCGUUCUAUUGGACAAGUGAACAUCAUUCCAAAGAAGAGCUAUGGCACAUGGUCCAUACCUAUGAUGCCCUGGCCGAUGAAUGCGUGCAGAUACUAAACAAGAUCCCAUCGGGCGAUUCCGACAAACCAUUCAGGAAGGACUUCUAUGGCCUGCUGAAGGAGCAUGCUGACGAGGAUCCAAAGUUGAAGGAGCUAUGGACUCAGAUCAACACCUUUCCUGAAUGGGUUGAUUGGGGUCAGAUAGAGCGAGCACAAAAUACGUUCUAUCGCUAUGGCUUGCCGAUUCUGAAUGCUCUGAGCUUUGAGAGUCUACUAGGUGGCAUGGGCUCGCAACGAGUCGUCGAAACCUUGACCCGCACAGGAGGAUUUGGCGUUAAAGUUGUGCACCGCCGCUUACUUGAGACCCUCCAACAUAUCCUCCAAGUCAACGAAUCGAUCGAUGCAAUGAGACCUGGCGGCGAAGGAAGCGUCUCGUCCGUCCGUGUCCGACUCCUCCACUCCUGCGUCCGGCAGAAGAUCCUCGGCUUAGCGGAUGAACAACCAGAAUACUAUGACGUAGCAAAGCACGGCGUCCCGGUCAGCGACCUCGACUGCAUCGGCACCAUUAGCACGUUCUGCAGCACCGUCGUAUGGAUGGGGCUGCCCCGGCAGGGAAUCUACCUCCGCGAAGCCGAAAUCGCGGAUUACAUUGCGCUGUGGCGGCUCGUGGCGUAUUACAUGGGGACGCCGAUAGAGCCGUUCGAAAAUCCGACUCGAGCGAAGGCGUGGAUGGAAUCUCUUCUUGUCUCGGAGUUCCAUCCUACUGAUACCGGACAGGUCCUGGCCCAGAAUAUCAUUCUUGGUCUUGAGAAUACGGCGCCGGCGUAUGCGUCGAAGGGAUUUAUGGAGGCUAUGGGUCGGCUUUUGAACGGGGAGCAACUAUCGGACGAACUCGGUCUCCCUCAUACGGGCCUUUAUUAUCGGUUACUCAUCUGGGGCUAUUGCUUCUGGAUCUGGGGCAUGGCGAUGGUGAUUCCUAAGAUUGGCUUUCUGGAUCGAUUUGCCAUAUCGCAACGCCGGAAGAGAUUCCGUCGUAUGAUCCGGGACGAAAAGGUGGGACUGGGAGGCGAGUCAAAGUUUGACUUCAAGUAUAUUCCAACUUUGAGACGAAGAACUACCCGACUUGGGCAACGGCGAUCUAUCAAGAUUGAAAGACGCGGAGUGGAGUUCUUGGCGCAGCUGGGGCUUUUCGUGGUGUUUGGUGCUACGGCAACAUUGGUCUUAGGGCUGGUAUUUGCCAUGUACGAGUUUCCCACUUCAAGUCCUCGGCUUCUCAAUGCUAUUCGAGUAUAA